AUGGCCGGCCGUGAGCAAGGCCAGCCAGCCAAGAGGCUCAGAGGCCAUGCUCUGGACUUGGCAAGGGGCGCGGCCGAGCAAAAGGAAAGGGUUGAAAGUGGAGAAAGCUCCCUCGCAACAGGGUUGCUGUCCUUGUGGGCUCAUGGGAACAUAGCAGCCACGACCAUGUGUUGGUUGGCCCACCUCGCCACACUGGACGGGGUGGAGCACGUGGAAGUUGUAGCCUUGGCUAAGGCUGGCAACUUCGGGCAAGUUCCCGGGGACUGUGCCAGGGACGUGACGAGAAGGUUUUGCAGUGCUAGCCGUGUGCCAGAGCCUCUGCAGGUGCCCAUCCCGGUCUUGGACCGUACAACAAACAAGGACUCCACUGAAGAUGCCGGAAUCAUGUUGCCACACAUGGUCUUCAGUACCCUCGCAACAGGGUACCCGGCAAUCUUCGAGUCUUUGGGCUUGCACAAGCUCGAAGCUUUUUGGAACAGUGCCCUCGCAACAGGGGACGACCGACUCGAGAAUGUACCUGCCCUCAAAGGCAGGGACUGGAAGAGGAAGGUCGUCCCGCUGUUCGUACACGGGGACGGUGUGGAGUACCAGACCAGGGACAGCCUUAUGGUGUGGUCUUUCGGAAGUCUUCUCAGUCUUUUCUCCGAUAGUCUGAUGAAGCACUUCCUCAUGGCAAUGUUCCCUAAAAUAGCGACCUCAGCGAGCACCUGGCCUGCAAUCAUGAAAUGGCUAGUCUGGAGCUUCGAUGCCCUCGCCAAAGGGUACCACCCCCAGAAAGGGCCUGAGAACGAACCCUUGACAAAGGGUUCGGUGUUCGAGAAGCUGAAAGGCCAACCUCUCACUCCUGGCCAUCACAAAGGCAUCAUUUGGUCCCUGCAAGGGGACCACGACUUUUUCAGCAAUGUAGUGGGACUGCCACACUGGCAGUCCCACUACCCGUGCUGGGAGUGUGAUGCUUCCUUGAAAGAGGAAGCAGCACGACAUGGCAAAUGGGUCAAAGAAAUCGAGCAGGACAAGCAAAACUUCGUUCGUGUCACCUCGAAACAGGCAGCACGAUUGAGUAUGUUCACCAAUCCAAAAACGCCAUGGGCUGUCACUCCUUUCUUGGAGUGUAAGGGUGCCGAGAACAAACACUUGCUGAAGCCACUCGCAACAGUGGCUGGGAAGCUGCUCGACACGACCGAGCCUGUGCAAUGCUCUAUGCUGUCCGCCUUGGAGUGCAUGUCGGACCUCGUCGAAGUCUUCGAUGCGGCCGACAUGUUCCUUGCAGACAAUGAGUUUAGGAAGGCAGAAAGCCUCGCAAAAGGCUUUCUCGACAGCUACAGCUUCCUGAACCAGUGGCCCCUUGAAAAAGGGUACCCUGGAUUCAGGAUUGUAAUGAAGCACCAUACGUUUCAACACCUGGUAGAAAACUCACGUUUUCUCAACCCACGUGCUCAUUGGUGUUUCGCUUCGGAAGAUUUUGUGGGCCGAGUCAGUCGCCUGGCAAAGUCUGCGUCUUCCGGAGUUCGCUCCACACGGCUCAGUGUCAAAAGCAUGCACAAGUAUAGAAUUCUUAUGCACUUGCUUAUGACCCGGCCAUCCAUACACGAUGUGGUGCCGGAGCUAGAUGGCAUGGCCGAUGAGUUCUAG